GGUUAAUUAACUGAGGACGCGUGAACAAGUAUUCGUCGAAAUUGUCGCUACAAUGGGAGUCCCAAAGCUCUCAAGUGGAACUGCUUACCUUUUUCUCUGGCUCUUCGUUGUUCGUAGCGUGCAAGUUUGUGUUCUUGCAAAUGCUUUGAAAGGAAAUCCAAAGGCUGAUAAAAGUGAAGCAUCAGAGAGCACAACUUCAUUAGGCAUAGCAGUAACAAAACAUGAUGCAAAGAAUGCACCAAACAGAAUCACUGCAGACCUAGCAGGAAGCAAAGCUGAUGAACAAAUCAAGUCUGUUCCUGACACCGAGAAAGUUGUUUACAUUGAGAAAAAUGUAAAGCUUAAAGAUAGCCUGGACAAAGAAAAUGCUGCACCUACAAGCUUAGUCACUGAAAAGCUUCAGCUGCUACCCUCGACAACACACUCUCAAAUGGAGCAGCAGCACAAAAAUGAUGAUAGACCAUCUGUCUUGGACAGCAGCAAGAAAUUGUCCAAUGGCACAGGUACAGCAGUGGUUUCAAUGAACCAGUCUUAUGUGGACAAGAAUGAUGUAGGUAAAGGUCCUGCACUUAAAAACAAAGUUGAUGUGCAGACUACUGUGAACAGUUUGCAAAAAGCUGAAGAUAACAAAAAUUCAGGCAAAAAGCAUGUUCAAAACAUUGGAGCACCGGGAGGUGGCAACAAACCCACUGUUAAUCCCAAGACCCCUCCAUCAUUUGUUAAGGAGGCUACAGCAGAAACCACUCUGAAGAUUGCUCCACCUGGACCAACUGACACUGAUGGAACAAAAGCUCUGCCAGGUCAACCUCCUCAAGGGCUGCAAAAGUAUACGGGUGUGUCACCAGAUCUAUCAAAAGACCUGGGUGCAAUGCCUCCUGCUUCCAGUUCGGGCAACCUUGACUAUGGCCAUGUGAGGGAGCCUGACUCAGAAGAAGAGCUUGAGCCACCCCUGCCAACACAGAAAGGCCUUGCCUCUGCAACCAGUGGGUCAGCACCCUUAGGGGCGCAGCCCAUUGGGGGUUCUGUUGGAGGUAGUCGUCCAGAAAAGCCUCUUGAUGCCUCUGCAGCUGCAGGCGCCAUGCUUUUCCUGCCAGCCCAGGAUGACAGCCAUUUUUUUGCCUACUUCUUGACUGCAGUGGUGCUUUGUGUGGUUGGGUACUUGGCCUUCCACAACAAGCGCAAGAUUCUGGCUCUGAUUCUGGAAGGCAGGCAUGAGCGCCAGAGGAGGCACAACGGACACUACAGAAGGCUGGACAAUGCUGAUGAAGCGCCAUCUGGCCGCAAAAGUCGUGGCAGUUUUUAGAAACAAGGACCUUGCUCUAGUCAGAUUACUGUGGCUUACUUUAAGAACUGGCAGCUGGAGCUGCGCAUGCCAACUAUUGUGCAACAACUCAUGGCCACCUGCAAUUUCAGGAUUCAACAUUCACUGACUUCCCUGCCUUAGCCAUAAGCUUUCAUGCACCUAAUUCAUUUUGUUCUUUCUGAAGAGAAUUUUUGUGGCAUGAUGGUGUAGCUGUGUUAAGGUAGUGAACUAAUGAGUGUGGCUGGCACGGGCAGUGUUCCUGUUAUUCCACUCCUGAAUCUGUGCUUGACAAGAGCUUGUGACUGUCUGUGCAGCAUACAUGUCAGGCUUAGUGUACAGGUCUAGUCACAAACUCUAGUCAAGCAUACUGCUGAAUAAUAAUUUUAGUUUCUGUCGUUGAAUUCCAUGUUGAAGCACUUAGAUUUAGUGCCCACAACUCUGCUGUCUUGUAUGUAUGUCCUUGCAAGGUGUGUAAGAGCAGCAGUGUUUGCUUCCAGAAGAGGGUUGUAGCGCCAAAAAAGACAACACAUAGCAAGCGAGACGGGACAGGCGCAACUUCCGACUGUUUAUUCACCGCAUAUGCGAAUGAAUGUAAGGACAAAUCAAGAUGGGUAGCAAGAACCACACAUGCGCGCGAGGGUUUUUUACAAAAAAAGCGGAUAAAAGAUAGGUGAGGCACACACGUAUCUCACGCCCGUGUAUCUAAAAAAGCAGUUUCAUUCUUAUAAAUGGAGAUAGAUGGGGCUACACAAUCGCUACAGUUUCUUUUAAUAUAGAAGGCCUCCAACAGUUCACGGGCUGUCUGGUCCUUACUUCUGUUUAAAACCUUUGCUUCUUUCAGCCUUGCCACACACUAUCAAUCUAUCUACCCAUCUAUCUCCAUUUAUAAGAAUGAAACUGCUUUUUUAGAUACAGGGGCGUGAGAUACGUGUGUGCCUCACCUAUCUUAUCCGCAUUUUUUGUAAAAAACCCUCGCGCGCAUGUGGGUUCUUGCUACCCAUCUUGAUUUGUCCUUAUAUUCAUUUGCAUACGCGGUGAAUAAAUAGUUGGAAGUUGCACCUGUCCCGUCUCGCUUGCUAUGUGUUGUCUUUUUCGGCGCUACAACCCUCUUCUGGAAACAUGCACCAACUAGCCCCCCAACAAGUAUUAAACAGCGUUUACUUUGUGCUGUGGCACUGUGGCAAGCUGUGCUCGACUGUUGUGGAUUUUAGGGUUUGCUGAGUCACGAAUACUUUCUCAGUGGACUUUGAGUACUGCUUGCAGCAAUGAGAUUGGUGUGCUGGUAUCUACUGGAUGAACCAACACUGUACCAGCACUGCACUGGGGCCCACCAUAUAUUUUUCUUCCCAAAAGUUAAUGCCACCGCCACCAAAAAAAACAAAAAAAAUAUUGGUAUCUCUGAGCACAGAAGGCAAGGUAAUAAUAAAGGUUGAACUACUUUUUACCCAGAGACUAGAACAAAGUAUAAAGCAAGAGGCAAUAGGUUGGGCUCUUUUUGCUUCCGCUAUCGUGCAAAUUCUGUCAUACUCAGUUGAUCAAAUUUUUGCUGUAUCAAGACUUUGAACAAUCUCUUUUGUAGAGUAAUGCAACUAUUGAACAAACACGCUUCUUGUUGUUGGCAUUUCAAAAACUGAAUGUUCGUUGUCCAGCUGUAUAGACAGACAUAUGUCUUUCUGGUUUGAUUUCUGACUGGAUGGCAUUACAUUUUGGCGUUACAUAUUGUGUAUCCCAGCAGCAUGGCAAUAAUAAGAAUUCUGAUUAAUCUGGAUUGUCGAUUAACUAUUGCAGCUGUUGGUGGUUUAUAUUUACCCGUUUGAGAUUCCAUUUGUGUCCUUGCUGUUUUUAUAUAUAUAUAUAUAUAUAUAUAUAUAUAUAUAUAUAUAUAUAUAUAUAUAUAUAUAUAUAUAUCGAUGCACAGUACGUAUGUAUGUUCUUAGCAGAACAAAUGGUGCGAACACAACUCAUUCGUAAACUAUAAAACAGUGGUGAAAAACUAUUGGUUUGGUGGAUUAGCUCCUUGAAACACAUCAUUAUGCCUGAAGACAGUGAUGCAGUUAUUUAGAAUCAAGUUAGGACACUUUUGAGCAAAGAACUAGCUUUUUUUUUUUAUUCAGCACAAUGUUUCAGUUCACAGUAGCACAGAAUUUAAGGGAUGAGGGGAGGUGCUCCUUAAGUAGUUUGUGUGUGAAAGGUUAAAUGUAGCAUUUUAAUCAUUGACUCAAAUUUUAUAGCAGGUGUAGUUUAUGUGAUGUUGGCCCAUGUGUAUUGUAGCUGCAGUAUUAUGGUGCACUUGCUUUGAAACAGUUUAAAUAAUACAGAAACACCCUUUUUUUUUACAUGUGUUGAUUCGUUUAUGUGGCUUAUAUAGUUUUUUUUUUUUCAUGUCUCUUGCAUGAAGCUAUAUUAAUUUGGCUCCUGCUGUACUUGCUUAUAAGAGAAGUAAAAAUUCUAAGAUAUGUAAAGGGAAUGACCGCAGUUAUUUACGUAUCUUGGUUUUACCUCUGUGUGUGCAUGAUGCAUCUUUCACUGUUCACAUUGUGUGAAACAUAAAGUAAGGAAUGUGUUGUUAGUUUGCUGAGCAGAAACAGUUUAGCAAAAGCCCCAAAUUCAUUACAUCCAUGUGGACAUUGCACUGGUGAAGCAGUGGGACUUUGAAAGUGCAGGAAUGUGUUUUGUUCACAAUAAGUGUGGUGCACACUCAAAAAUUGAGUUCUUCGGUGCAAUUAAUGAUUUAUAGUGUCAGCCUGCACAAUUGUUUACAUGUGUCCGAGUCCUGCUUUGCUUGUUGUUUUCAUUAAACAUGUCUAUUUUUUUUUUGUCUUUUCAUAUGUUUAUUAGUAAAGUUACCAAAGAAAAGUUAACAAGAAAUGUUGUUACUGCUAGAAUGCUUUCCUUGUUUCUCUUUAGACAUGGUUGACUGGAGACAGUUUAAAUUGAAGUAUUAGGUUAGGAAACAUCAGUAUCUUAUCUCCAAUUGUCAUUUAAAUUUAAGUUGCAACAUUGGCACACAUUGUCUGCAUGCAGUUGUACUACGUACAUCACGGGUUGUUUUGGCAUAGUGUCAUGUUACCUUGAUGUAGUGCCCCUUGUUGUCAAGACUCGCAUGGUACUGCAUAGAUUCUUUUCUCACUUUCACUUGUGCUUUUCUUGCAUUAGUUCUUUUGUAUUUCUGUUUCACUUUGUUAACUGGUUGUGAUUCCAUGUUGCGCCUGUAAAAACCCAUGCACAUUUAGAUGCAGCAGUUCAUAUGGCUCAGCUGCAUGGAAGUUUUCAAUUUAGUUUGCACAUGAGCGCUGGUAAUGGUGUGAACGCAACCAUAUUGUCCACUAAGUUACUUCAAGAUGUUACUUGCCCCCCCCCCCCCCCCCAUUAUUUUUUUUACAGGGCUGUUAUUGCAUUGUUUUUAGUACACUGUGCAAGAGAAAUGGUGACAAUUUUCUUUGAGUCAACAUCACUCAAGCUUAGCCCAUACAUUGCACAGGUCUCUAAACUUAUUUCUGUUAUACACUGGUAAUGUAUUUGCUUUGUUAUGUGAUUUAUGCAGCACAUAAGAUAUGGCUCAUUAAUUUUUUAUAGCUGUAUUUCUGAAGGUCAUCUGCUGGACACUGGCCUUGAAAGUUAUUUGUGAAUCAAUGUUCUAAAGCAUGAAGCAUGCACCUGUCUCAUCUUCUCUUUAAUAGACUAGUCUGCUAGCACUGGGUCACUUUUCUACAAUUUCUAAAUGCCCAUGUUGCUUGCCAAUCACUGUGUAUUCUUAAUGAAACAUGUCAAAGUGCUUUCUUCCCUCUGUGCUUGAAAUAGCAACAAUCACUCAACCUUUUGCAAAGGGUGUGCUGACUAUGUAAAUACUGUACAACAUUGUGUGUCAAGCAUUUGUUUGCCAUAUGGCAAAACUGCCCUAUUCUGAGAUGGAGUGUAGAGUUCAUCUGUGUACAUUGAUUUGAAAGUAAUUUCUGCAUCGAGUAUAAAAGAAAGUGGUAGAACUUGUUAUUGAAA